AUGCGUACGCGCACAACAGCCGCACCCCGAGCAGAACCGGCCGAGUCAAUUGACCCAUGGCAAUGCCUCACAGAGAAUCUAACGCAAUAUUUGGACGUGCCGAAACCGACUGGCAGCUUGUUCAAGGAGCUCCAAUCGCACGGCUCGAAGCUGUACGAGCCUUACCUUGCCGCCCCAACCCUCACAGCAUUCUGCCCGUUCCCCGCCCAGUCAAGCUGGUGCGCCUUCACCACUUCUGCGCCGUUAGAUGUGCUCCCCGCAUACUCCUCUUAUGCCAGCCAGGCGUACUCGUGGUGGUCGGCUCACAGCUCCUCAGUCGUCUCCCUCGCCCAGCAGUGCCCAAUCGGGUGGGAAAACGCCAUACUUAUGCAUCCAGGGGGCGACAUGUGGCUGAACGACACCAUUGCCUUUGCUGGGUGCCAUGCCGAAGCGCAUACUACAGUUGGAUCGUCGCCAACGGAGCCGACGGCGGCAACAACUCGCUCGGGGGUGGAUGUGGGUGGCGGUAGCCCAACUCCGACGACGGACGCGUCGAGUAGUGUUCUUAGCCGCGCGGGUCCCAAGAUGUGA